UCUUGAAUAUGUUGAAUGCCAUUUCUUAUCAUUAUUGUUAUGACUGAUUUGACAAUGGUCCAUGUAAUAGGAGAGAUGUGAAUGCUUGUAUUUAAUAUAUUUUGCAGAGUUUAAAUUGAUUAAGUAAUUCAAAAGAAAAAAAAAAACUUUUCCUGCCGUUUUUUUCUUUACUAUUAUCUAUCAAAAGUGUUCAUACCUCUCACAACAGUGUGCUUAUCUCGCCGUUGGUCGUCUUUAAUGUCUUUUUUAUUGCAUUUCAGUAUUUUUUUCGGCACUUUGAAUGUGCGCACUGAGCUUGCUGCGGAGGGACGCACUUUCCAAGACGCACACACACACACACACACACACACACACACACACACACGUGCACACGUGCACACACACACACACACACAUCAUUUUCAACAGUAAUUAUUAAUCUUGUUGUUAGGGUUAGGGUUUUUUGUUGUUGUUUCUUUACAGGGAAAAUGCAUAGUUGCCCAUUGUGUCAACGCUAUUUCAGUGCCCUUAACAAGCACCUGAAGAACAUGCACCUGAUCCAUAAUGCGGAAGAGAGGCGGCUGCUGCUCAAUAUGGCAUCUGGAAGGGUGAACAUCAGAGCUGCACCCUGCCCUGUUCCAGGGUGCCAGAACCAGCUCUCCCGGCUGGACAGGCACAUUAACCAGUCUCAUGCCGAGCUCACCAUUGCUGAAAGGGCGGCAAAAAUGAAUCAGGCCAAGAGAAUCCGCACAAUGGAACUCUUGGCCGAGCUCAGGGCUACAGAUCCGACCCCCGCGAUGCAGUCUAUGUUGGACGUCAACCCGAAUCCCCUGGAGGAGGAAAUAGAUGUUGCUCCACCGUCCCCCGUGGCAGAUUGCGGCUCGGCCGAGUGCAGGCGCAUUCGGCUCGGGUACGAGCGGGAGCUGGAAGGAGUAAAGGCAGAGAGGGACGAGUUCUGCGCCGAGGUCCGACUUCUCCGCACAAAGCUGCAAAAGCAGCUGCGCAGCAUGAAGAGUGGCCGCACCACUGCAGUUGAGAGCCAGGAGGACGAACGCAUGACGGAGGGAGGCCGGUCCUCGGCCGCGUCGGAGGAGGCGGGCCGGUCCUCGGCUGCGUCGGAGAAGGCGGGCCCGUCCUCGGCCGCGUCGGAGAAGGCGGGCCGGUCCUCGGCCGCGUCGGAGAAGGCGGGCCCGUCCUCGGCCGCGUGGGAGGAGGAGGCGGGCUCGUCCUCCUUCAGCCCGUGGAGUUCCGGCAGCGGCAUGGGGAACCUCAUGAGGCGGCAAAAAUUAAUCAGGCCAAGAGAAUCCGCACAAUGGAACUCUUGGCCGAGCUCAGGGCUACAGAUUCGACCCCCGCGAUGCAGUCUAUGUUGGACGUCAACCCGAGUCCCCUGGAGGAGGAAAUAGAUGUUGCUCCACCGUCCCCCGUGGCAGAUUGCGGCUCGGCCGAGUGCAGGCGGCUCGGGUACGAGCGGGAGCUGGAAGGAGUAAAGGCAGAGAGGGACGAGUUCUGCGCCGAGGUCCGACUUCUCCGCACAAAGCUGCAAAAGCAGCUGCGCAGCAUGAAGAGUGGUCGCACCACUGCAGUUGAGAGCCAGG